AUGGACGACAUUGUCUUUCCCGGUACCCUUUUGGGCACCGUUCAUGAAUACACACCGUCCAAUAACGUCUACGUCAAGGAUUCCGUUAUAUAUUCCGCAAUUCUGGGCAAUGUUUCAUAUUCGUCGGAAGACUCAACGAAGACUUCUGUGAGUGUCGUUUCCAACCAUAUUAAAACUCCGUACGUCGGAGCCACCGUUAUCGCACAAAUCAUUAAGCUGAACAUAACGAAGGCCGAAUGUAACAUUAUCUGCGUCGAUGGGCGGUUUGUCAAGGAUUAUUUCAAAGGAGUCCUGAGCAGCAACAACGUUUUGGAAUCCAAAAACAUUGAAGUUUUCAUGUAUGAUUGGUUUAAGCCAGGGGAUUUUAUUAAAUCGAAAGUGAUAUAUGCUGGAGAGGGGAAGCAGUUUGUUUUAUCAACUGCAGGUUUGCAGCUCGGCGUCAUUAAAACAACUUCUAAAAAUGGCGAGCCUAUGGUUCCAAUAUCCUGGAAGUACUUCAUGUCCGUGGAUUCCAAGUCUGUGGAGAAGAGAAAAGUGGCAAAGAACGAUUAA